AGGUUGAACAAGUAGAAUGAGGAAUGAGUACAGAAUAAAAACAGAAGACAUAUCAGUAAUGCAGAGAGGAAGUUCAUUCAUUCCUGUGUUGUUUCUUGCACCUGUUUUUGUUUUCAACUAAUGCUAAAGUGAAAGUGUUUACAGAAUUGUGACUGUUUGCAAAUUAAGUUAAAGCUAUACGAUUAAUAAACAUCAUGCAGGUUCUGGUGUGCACAUGACUGAAAGUUUAAUAUAUUAUAGUAAGUAGAGAUAUUAUAUUGUGAAGAGUUGUAGUGUAGAAAUAGGCCACACACACGCACACACAUGCACAGAUCAGGAAGUGCCGUCUUGCUAGUUGGCGGAAUUGGUUGCUUGAUGUGAGGAUGUGUGUGUUGGUGUGUGUUAUUUAAAGAUCUGAUGACUCUGGUCAGCUGAAACUCUGAACAUCACGGAUGGACCUCGCCACACAAGUGCAACAUGGGAUCCAGGAUAAAAGAUAACCCUGACAAAACCUUCUACUGGUUCUUUCAAGCCUCAUCUCCAGUUGCACGAGAUCAAGACCCUGAUGUGUUGUUCCAGUUCCCAGAGGACUUCAGUGAUGAGGAAUCUCUGCGGUCCUUACCACGCUUCUGCUUUCCAUAUGACAUUGAAAGGGUGAAGGACACCAUUGCUGUGCAGCACUUUACAUUUGUCUUGACUGAUCUGGAGGGAUGUCAGCGUUUUGGAUUCUGCAGACUCACGUCCAGCUCCCAGACGUGCUUGUGUAUACUCAGUUAUUUGCCUUGGUUUGAAGUCUUUUACAAACUUCUGAAUAAUCUAGCAGACUACAUGACUAAAGGGCAGACCAAUGAGAUGAAAGAACUUCUGACUCUACUCCACAAGCACCCUGUACCGCCCGCUAAUGGAUCAAUCACUUUGCAGAUGGGAGGGAACAUACAACUCAGAAGAGAGAUGCCUGGCAUCUGUGGACACACCCCUAAAGGGGAGGAGUCAGAGGGGAUCCCAUACUUCAUUGCUCCAGAUCCCAAAGCCCUGCCCUCUAUUCCAGAGAGUAGGAACCUGACGGAGCUGGUGGUUGCAGUAGACGUAGGAAAUCUGCUGCAGCUCUACGCCAGCAUGCUGUUUGAGAGACGCAUCCUCAUCUACUGCAGCAAACUCAGCACUCUGACGGCCUGUGUACACGCGUGUAAUGGGAUGCUCUUCCCUAUGUACUGGCAACACAUCUUCAUUCCUGUUCUUCCACCCCAUCUGCUGGAUUACUGCUGCGCUCCGAUGCCGUACCUCAUUGGAGUUCAUUCCAGCCUGGCCGAGAGAGUAAAGAGUCGAGCUUUGGAGGAUGUAGUCAUUCUAAAUGUGGACACAAACACUUUAGAGUCGCCCUAUCAGGACCUUAAAAAGAUCCCUGCUGACGUGGUGGCAGGACUGAAGGUCAGGUUAAAGAAACAAGCUGCGUUGGUGGGCUCAGGGGUCUCUCGUUCUUUUCUCAGAUCUCAAGCUCUGCUGUUUGGAGGCUACAGAGAUGCUUUACAAUAUCCAGAUGAAGGGCCAGUGAUGUUCUGUAAGGAGAUAUUUCUCAAUCACAAGUCUCAAAGUAUGAAGGAGUUUUUGGAAAGCGCUGUACACCUGCAGUGUUUUAAAGAGUUUAUUGAUGGGCGGCUGGAAAUGCUGAACCAGGGAAAAGAGCCCGAUGAUGUAUUCGAAGAAGAGAUUCUUCAUUGUGGAGCCUCGCAAGGUGGAUCUAAAUUAUAUCGCCAAUGGGUUGGAAAUUUGAAGAAAGGGGGUGGAGCCUUGAUUGUGACAUGCAAGUCUACAGCUAAUAAAGCAACCAAAUAUCACAGCAAAUUUGGACUGAGAAACCUUUUGUCGUCAAAGGAGCAAACUGAAAAUCACAUGCUGCAGAGGGGAGGGUCUGUUUGUGGACCGCAUACGUAUCGCCGCUUCCAAUCAGAUUGCCUUCAGAACCGUCUACCAAUCACACAGCACUUUGGAAGGUCUCGGCCACGCCGACCCGCGCGCAAGCAUACCAGCAAUCAAAAUGAGCGACAGAUGCAGAACAUCUACAGCCCCUGUGACGACAAUACAACAGAGGAGCCCGAGCAGUGUUCUGGAUCUAGCGAGUUACAAGAUGAUGAUGAUGAUGAUCUUUCGCUCAUGGCUGACCCAGAAGAGAUGGAUCUGCUCGGAGAGAUCUUUGACACGUUGAGCGCACAGAGCUCCAGAGAACCGGGCUUACUGUACAGCACUCGCAGUCUGGACCUCUUCAGCUCUGAUAGCACUGACUUCAUCUCACGUAGGAGUCUGACCACACCCAGUCAGGAGAGUCUAAGUCCUUCUGUUGGAAACAGUGGAAGUCUCAUGAGCUGGGAGGAGCAGCUAGAGGAGGGUCCACACUAUCAGAGGGAGGAGCCUGUUGUCCUGAUUGACAGAGAGAAUGAUCUUAAUAAAUCAGAGAUGAGCUUCAAGGAAUUGGGGGAAAGCCUGUGUUCAGAUGUACAAAGUUUAAGAGAUGCUGAACUGGAUUGUAGAGAGGAGCUAGAUGAUCGCUGCUUGCCACAAGUAAAUGGAACGACAGAUGAAUUUGAGGAAAGUUUAGAUACUGGGACAACGACUGGAGAGAGGCCGGAAACAGAGACACAAGUAGACAAUGAAGAACAAACGACAAAAGAUGUUGAAGAAAAUCAAAAUGAGGGUACACCGACAAAUGACUUGAGGUCUUCAGAGCACACAGAGGAGCCCUUGUGCGAAGCACAACACACAACUCAAGAACCGACAGAUGAAGAAAUCAUCUCCCCUGUGUCCGUCAACAUAGACGGGAUCUCAGAUAAAGCAGCAGAUGAAGUAAAGGUUGACUCUUCAUCUCAUAGGGUGUUGCCUACCGUAGCUCUGCCCUCACAGGCGAAGUCCUUUAACGUUCCCAGUAAUAGUUUCCGAGGUCAGGAAAAAUCAUGGAGGACUCCUCUCAGAAGUCACAACAUCUACACAGCAUCCAGCAAGCCAGCAAUGGGCAUCCAGACAGAUGAACAAAGUUCAAAAUGCACUCCAAAGCAGUCGCUAGUUGAAGAGGAAGACAAGGUACCCAUUAAAGUCUCAGAGCUGAAGAAGAGAUUUGAACAUAUCAAGCCAUCAUAAACCAAGUGUAUUGGUUAAAUGUUGCUAUAAAGAACUAAAGAUGACUUUUAUUGCGUUGCAUGAAACCAAAUGAAUCCGAAAGCUCCCCCCAAAUUCCGUUUUUACUUUCAUAAUGUCAAACAAAUGGCAUUGGAUAUGACUCCAUCCUUCAGAUAUGAUAAUGCAAUAGCAAAGUUUGCAAUGGUAUGUAGAGGGCUCCGCCCUUCUUUAGUCACCAUCAGCCCCGAUUGGCUGAUACUUCAGCGCAAUUGAUGACAUCAGCCAAAAUGUAAGGUGGAGCAAAUGAUGAUACAUUACAGACAUUAUUUCUUAAGCACAAUAUGAACUGAUGAAUUGUGUACAGUAAUGGCAGGGCAAUUAAUUUAGAUUAUAUGUUUACAAGUAAAUGCUACUGAACUCAAACAAAUAAAAUGCUUCCAACCCAA